AUGACAGUUUACUUCUCAGGGACCCCAAGCAUCCAGAAGAUGCCGCAGAUGAUGCCCUCAUCAACUUUUCUCGAGGUCUAUACCGCCCAGAACGUUGCAGAACCGCAGAACAAGGAACAGAUCAUCUGUGGGCCUCUAGACUACCUCCUAUCGUCUGGGGGAAAGAACAUCCGAAACAAGCUUAUGCUGGCGUUCAAUGAGUGGCUCCGGAUUUCACCAGAGAAGGCAGAAAUUAUAAGCGAUAUUGUGCAUCUGCUGCACACAGCAUCUCUGCUGAUUGACGAUAUCCAAGACUCCUCUAAGCUUCGACGAGGGAAACCAGUCGCCCAUAGCAUCUUUGGUGUGGCUCCGACCAUUAACUCCGCCAACUAUGCAUACUUCCUGGCACAGCAGAAGCUGUCCGCUCUACACAGCACAAGUGCUAAUGAUGUCUUUGUCGAGGAGCUUCUGAAUCUUCAUAGGGGCCAGGGGAUGGAUUUGUACUGGCGAGACACUCUGACGUGCCCUACGGAGGAACAAUACAUUGGCAUGGUCCUAGACAAGACGGGGGGGUUAUUCCGACUCGCAGUCAGGCUCAUGCAGUUGGAAAGCCAUCAUACAUGGUACGGCAGUCUAGCCGAAUAUCAUUUUAUGAGCGUGACUGACAAAAUCCGCGACGACAUUCUUAAUCUCCAGGCCAGCGAGUAUGCCAAGAAUAAAGGCUUCUGUGAGGACAUCACGGAGGGGAAGUUUUCGUUCCCUAUUAUCCACAGCAUCAACAGUGACCCGGAGAACAUGCAGCUUGUGAAUAUCCUGAGACAGAAAAGUGACCAUGAUGCUCUAAAGGCCUAUGCGGUUGACUACAUCACCUCGACGCGAAGCUUCACCUACAGCUACAAGAAGCUGAACUCAUUGAUUGCAGAGGCCGAGUCAAUGAUGGAUGAAAUGAAUGCACAGAUGGGCCCCUCCACAGGUGCUUGA